CCGUGGCCCAUGAACCCUAUGAACCCCAUGAAACCCGUCCUCCCCCCGACACCGCACGGUGAUGGUUCAUUCACAUAUGAGUCCGUGCCUUGGCAACAAAGUGCCAAUCAGCCUGCAGGAUCGCUCUCCGUGGUAACAACCGUGUGGGGAGUUAGCAAUACAUCCCAGAGUCAGGUCUUGGGGAGCACCAUGGGUCCUGGAGGGAACCCUUCGAGCAGUUCCAUGAUGCCCAGCUUGGCAGGCAGUAGCUCUGCCCUGAACUCACAGCAGUUCCUUGGGCAGCAAGCAUUUGCUGAGGGCAGUGCCAACAAGAGCUACAUGCAGCAGGGGGUGUAUGGCCGCGGGGGCUACCCCGGGGGGCCCAGCUUCACCACUGGGUACGCAGGUGGCCCUGGGGGCAUGGGUCUCCCUUCCCAUGCGACGCGGCCCUCUACUGACUUCACUCAGGCUGCUGCUGCUGCUGCUGUGGCUGCUGCUGCAGCCACUGCCACUGCCACAGCCACAGCCACUGUGGCUGCUCUCCAGGAGAAGCAGACUCAGGAACUGAGCCAGUACGGAGCGAUGGGGGCUGGACAGUCUUUUAACAGCCAGUUUCUGCAGCAUGGAGGUCCCCGGGGGCCCAAUGUGCCCCCCGGCAUGAGCCCUCCCAGCAUGGGGGGAGUCAUGGGUUCUUCCAGCCUCUCCCCCAUGGGCAUGAACCCGACCCGGGCAGGAGGGAUGACACCCCUGUAUGGAGGGCAGCGCCUGCCCCAGCACACGCACCCUGGGCCCUCCCAGGCCCAGCCACUGCCCCGACAGGGAGUCAAAAGAGUCUACUCCAGUGAGGUGUAUCCAGGGCAGCAGUACCUGCAAGGAGGCCAGUAUGCACCCAGCACUUCCCAGUUUGCUACCAGUUCGGGGCAGCCCCCUGCACCCUCUCCCUCUUACCCUGGGCACAGGCUGCCCUUGCAGCAGGGCAUGGGGCAGUACCUGUCUGCCCCUGGCCCCACAGCACUGCACUAUAAGUCCACAGACCAGUUCAACGGGCAGAACACCAGCUUCAAUGGAGGGAGCUUCAGCUACAGUCAGCCAAGCCUGAGUGGGCCUGCCCGCUCCAUACCUGGCUAUCCCAACUCCCCACUGCCAGGGAACCCCACACCACCUAUGACCCCCAGCAGCAGCGUCCCCUAUGUGUCUCCAAGCCAGGAUGUCAAGUCCCCCUUCCUACCUGACCUCAAACCCAAUGUGAGCUCCUUGCACUCUUCCCCUUCCGGGAAUGGCCCUUGUGAUGAGCUUCGGCUGACUUUUCCAGUACGUGAUGGGGUAGUCCUAGAGCCUUUCCGCUUGCAGCACAACCUGGCUGUGAGCAACCACGUCUUCCAGCUCCGUGACUCUGUCUACAAAACCCUGAUGCUGAGGCCUGACCUCGAACUGCAGUUCAAGUGCUACCACCACGAGGACCGGCAGAUGAACACCAACUGGCCAGCAUCUGUGCAGGUCAGCGUCAAUGCCACACCACUCACCAUUGAGCGUGGGGACAACAAGACCUCCCAUAAGCCCCUCUACCUGAAGCACGUGUGCCAGCCAGGCCGUAACACCAUCCAGAUCACCGUCACAGCCUGUUGCUGCUCCCACCUCUUUGUGCUGCAGCUGGUGCACCGCCCGUCAGUUCGUUCUGUGCUGCAGGGCCUUAUUAAGAAGCGCCUCCUGCCAGCUGAGCACUGUGUUACCAAGAUAAAGCGCAACUUUAGUAGUGGCACCAUCCCAGGCACCCCUGGGCCCAAUGGAGAAGAUGGGGUGGAGCAGACAGCUAUCAAGGUGUCCUUGAAGUGCCCCAUCACCUUCCGCAGGAUCCAGUUGCCUGCCCGCGGCCAUGACUGUCGACAUAUACAGUGUUUUGAUCUGGAGUCAUAUCUGCAGCUCAACUGUGAGCGUGGGACUUGGAGGUGUCCUGUCUGCAAUAAGACUGCAUUGCUGGAGGGCCUGGAAGUGGACCAGUACAUGCUGGGGAUCCUAAUCUACAUCCAGAACUCUGACUACGAGGAGAUUACCAUCGAUCCCACGUGUAGCUGGAAACCAGUGCCCGUGAAGCCCGACCUGCACCUGAAGGAGGAGCCUGAUGGGCCAGUCCUGAAGCGCUGCCGAACUGUGAGCCCUGCUCAUGUGCUCAUGCCCAGCGUCAUGGAGAUGAUCGCUGCCCUGGGCCCCAGUGCCACCCCCUGUGCUUCCUUGCAGCUCCUGCAAGGCCCUACACCUGGCGACUAUCCCAGCCAGGGUUCCAGCUUCUUGGGACCUGGGAACUUCCCUGAAUCCUUCCCACCUACCACACCCGGCAGCACCCCAACCCUUCCCGAGUUCACUCCAGGGCCACCGCCCAUCUCCUAUCAGUCUGACAUUCCCAGCAGCCUCCUGACUCCAGAGAAGCCUGCCUCUUGCCUCCCAGGCCAGAUGGUACCAGUGGGCCACCUGGACACAGUCCACAACCCUGGGCCACAGGGGCUACACAACCCCAACCUUGGGGCCCCCCUAGGGCCACAGCUGCACCAUCAGAACCCUCCCCCACCACCCCGGCCACCCCUGAGCCAAGCAAGCUCAGGGCCUGGCAGUGAGCUGGCCUUCAACCACCCCACCAAUGCGAUGGGACCCACCAGCAUGUCUGCGGCCGGAGAGGCCCCGGAACCAGCUCUGGAUCUGCUCCCAGAACUGACCAACCCCGAUGAGCUACUGUCAUACCUGGGCCCUCCCGGCCUGCCCACGAACAGCAACGAUGACCUGCUGUCCCUCUUUGAGAACAACUGACCUGUGUUAACCCCGCCCAGCUGG